UGACUCUUCCUCUGUUCACACCCAAUGCAGCUUAAAUGGUGCAUACAGAUAAAGACAGCAGAAAGGAGCGACUGCAGCCUGUAUCAGAGAUUGGAUCUGUUAUCAGGGCAGAUCCACCUGUAUGAGGGGCUGCUGAAGUGGAACGGCUGCAGCACAGUCACCAUGCUGAUUCUCCUCGCUGCCAUCUUUGCCCUUCACAUCAUUGGCAUCAUCCUUCUCCUGGUGGCCACCAUUGACAAUGCCUGGUGGAUGACUAACAGCAUCUCCACUGAUGUGUGGGGUCGGUGGAUACAGACAAACGGAGUGUGGAACCUCACUGAUCUUCCCGAAGGCUCACACUACCCACAGGACUACCUCCAGGCGGUGCAGGCCAGCUCCGUGCUCGCGUGCAUCUUCUCCAUCCUGGGCAUCUUCGUGUUCUUGGCCCAGCUCUUCACCCUCACCAAAGGACAGAGGUUCACCAUCUCCGGCAUCUUUCAGCUCCUCGCAUGCCUGUGCAUCAUGAUCGCAGCCUCCAUCUACACAGACCGCUUCCACAUAGAUGAGAAAGACGGUUGGUACGGUCACAGCUACAUCCUGGCUUGGAUCGCCUUCGGUUUCACGUUCAUCUCCUCCAUCACUUACUUUGUGCUACGUAAGAAGACUGCAUGAGAGGGACACUAGAGCAAGCUCCGAGCCAGCCUCAAACCUUGUGGCUGGAUCUACUCCUUCAGCUGAAAUCUGGUUUUAGUCACAGAUGUGUUAUAUUUGCCUGUUUUGGACAUCAGAUUUGAGCUGCUUGUGUAUAUUCAGCUACAGAUAUAUCAGACUUGUUGAUCCUCACAAAUACAUGGAGCGUUUGACUGAGUGUGCUGUCAGGGUUUCACAGACUGCGUGGUAAAAAGGCAGACUCAGUCAAGCACAGAUGUAUUUGAGUAUGUUAUCAAAGCUGGAGUUUUGGGCUGGAUUUCUUGUGGGCAUCUAAGGAUUUUAGAUUUAAAAUGUGCCUUAAUGCGUAUGAGAUGCUAUAAUAAAUUAAGAUCUAUCAUUGUUUCUGGUUUAAAACAAAAGCAGGUUGAAGAGAGUCAAAUCUGUGCUUUUGUUUCUUUUAUGUAUUGACAUAUAGAUACGGAUUCGAGUGUUGGAUAAAAAGGGGCGAGUUUAUCAUUUUAGUUUAGUUUUUUUUUUCUUUUGUAAUUUUUAUUGUAUGUUCACCAGUUUACAUUUAUCUGCGCUGGUAUUACUUCAAAUAACGUGCCACUAAUUAAACCGAGUCUAACUACAGCAUGACAGCAUUGAUUUUCAGGUAUUUUUGCACAGUUGUGCUUUUUUGAAGCCUUAAAAAACCCAUGAGAAGCCACCUGUUGUAGAUUUGUGUGUGAUUUAAUGAUGCAAAUGUGAUAUAAAGUUUAAAAUCAAUAAUAUAAUGCAUAAUAUAAUUAUUUCAUAAUUAUUGUUGCAAUUCUAUCUAAUUGUCAAACCAGUUUAAGCGUUUGUUAUAUCAGCCUGCCCGCAAACUCUUCCACUACAUCACUAUAGACAGUUUAUAUACAGCUUUUUAUAAAUAUGUCAGAGUAGAGAGACAAAAACCAAUUAACCUGUAAUUAUGCACAUCUCAACUUAUCAAUUAUAAUGCAAAUCCAGCCGUGUACCAGUUAUAUGCCACAUCUUCAGCCUCUCUUGUAUUCUCCUUCCUUGUCAAAUCAGUGCGACAGAAAGGCAACUGCCUUGACCCUCAAAGCGUGAGACACAAUGUGUAAAUAUGCUUCGUCUUCCAUGAUGCUUUAUGUCUGAUGCUGUUGUAUUUUUGCUACUGUUAUUUCUCAUCAUGGAUGACAAUCACAGUGAUUUUUACAAUAAUAAAACAGGAUUUUUUGACCAAU